AUGAACCAGGGACCACAGCUUGUCUUUAGCAACAUCCUGUCUUCAGACUCUGGACAGUAUCGCUGUGUCACUAAGAAUGAGCUAGGGAAAGAAUAUGCCUACCACCCUAUUGAUGUCAAAUAUGGGCCUAAACUCGUAUAUAUUAAUCCAAGUCCCUCUGGUGAAAUAGAGGAGGGCAGUUCAGUGACUCUGAGCUGCAGCAGUGAUGCCAACCCAGCAGCUGAGUACACCUGGUUCAAGAACAACCAACCUCUGCACUGGGAACCAAGUCAACCUCAUACCUUCCCCUCAGUCCGCCCUGAAGACAGAGGAACGUACCGCUGUCAGGCAGAGAACAAAUAUGGACAACUGAGCUCUAACUCAAUAUUCAUGGAUGUCCAGUACGCUCCAAAGACCCCCUCAGUGACCGUGAGUCCCUCUGGUGAAAUAGAGGAGGGCAGUUCAGUGACUCUGAGCUGCAGCAGUGAUGCCAACCCAGCAGCCGAGUACACCUGGUUCAAGGAACAUGAAGACUCAGUGAGAGAAUCAGGACAGAACUACACCAUCAAUAAUAUCACAUCUGAGCAUGGAGGAAACUAUUACUGCCAAGCCCAUAAUGCAAUCGGACUUCAUAAUGCUACCUUUUUGUUAAUCCAAGUGACAUCAUCAUCAUCAUCAUCAUCUCAUCGAGCAAUGGUAGCUGUAACAACCAUUGCUGUCCUACUGGCCACCGUACUCCUCCUCGUCUUCCUCUGGAUGAGAAGAAAGAGGGCCUCCAGUAAAGCAUGUGGACAGGGAGGAAGGCCAGAUACUGUGGAGGAGCUACUACCAGGUCCUGUGUAUGAAAACGUCUCAACUCUGACCAAUCACUUGGCUCCUGCAGCACAGACAGAACCAAUUGAAGAGCAGGAUGACCAUCACUAUGCCAGCAUCCAUACCUCUCGUUCAGAGAACCAGGAAGUCCCUCGCUGUUGGGUUGGCUCUAAUGUCCAAUCAGACCAAGCAGAUGCUGUCUUUUACUCUGUGGUCAACAUUAAGAGACUAAACACUGUCCCUGGGUAA